AUGGAAUAUACUGUUGAACGGUUCCAGCAGGCCUUCAAAGCCUUCAUUGCACCUCCAGAGCAGGAAACGGAAAUCGCGGAAUUGGCAUCAUUCAUCGAUGAUAAACCCUAUUAUCACCUCAGACGCCACGCCAGGAAGAAGCUCUCGGCACUUGGCAUGCCAUGGAUUGACAAUGACAUGACUGGCACAUACGAUCCCCUUGAGGAUUCACCCCGCUCCAAGCGCAAGCUCACUUCUGAGCGACGAGGUGGACAGUUCUCCAGACCACCCAAACGAGCUAAGAACCUGUCCCCAGCCUCCCUGGAAGAGCUCCAAAACAAGAUCGAAGAGCAAGAGAAGCAGAAGAGAAGUGCCGAAAACAGACGUCGUAAAGAGGAAGAAGCCUUCCUCUCAUCUGGUCCUUUUGACUACAACCUUCGUACUCGCACUAAACCAAGUGAGAUCUUGGAGAAGGGGUUGGGAAACGCCAAGAUGGCCAACGACACUGAUCCCGGGGAACAAGAUACUCUUGGUAGCUCUCUUUCUCACAAGGGAUGCCUUGCAUGCCGGGACCUACAAAUCGAAUGCUCUCUGAUCGAGUAUCCGUUUUCCUACCCUUGCAGCGACUGCCGAGAUGACAGAAUUGAAUGCAAAUUGGACCCUUCCCCCAUCUGGAAACGACCAUGUGAGGGAUGCAAGAGGCGCAGGGCACAAUGUUCAUACAGCUCCGGGGACUACGACCACAAACUUCCAUGCCACUUUUGCUUGCAGCAUGGGUUCGACUGCGUCGCCGGGCCUGCCAGGAAACAGCCAACGGCUGGUCAGUCCCAAACGACGAAUAUGGAGAUGACCGAUGACCCUCAAGGCUACAAAACUCAUCAUACGAUGGCGGAAGAUGCUACUGCUGAGGCCAAUGGUGGAUCCAGUCACUUGGACUUGGAUGAGUCCAACCAGUUCCCACUGGAGACCGAAGCAGAGUCUGAGGUUAGCCUGCGUAGCAAAAUCUCGGUCAUCGCUGGAACAACUCCGACACCAAGUACUACACUUUCUGAAACAUCUGAGCGGCCUGCUCUGAACGCCAGUGAUCAGACUUGUCAUCGUCUGACUGGCGUACAAACUUCGCUAAAACUAUGGCAUGAGAUCUCCACGGAUGGAUCUAAGCCUUGCAACUGGUGUUACAAUUUUGCUUAUGGUAUAUCUGGAGACAGUGAAUUAUCCCAUGAGAUCAUGAGCAAGAGCUAUGACCAUAUCCUUGGGCAACAGCGUGCCGAUACACAGGGAAGAGAGCCAAGGCGCAUGUGCAUAAACUGCACCAUUGCCAGGAUUUCUAUUCUGAAAUGUCCACACGACAAGAUCCAGAGCUUGUCUGGCUCUCCAAUUUCUCACCAAGAGGUGCGUGCCGCGUUCGACGAACUGGCAAAGGCCUCAGUGGCGCUUGAGUCAACAUCAGACCAGGCUGGUAAAUGCUUUCCUCUUCCCGGCUACCCAUGGUGCGCCAUUUGUCGAGAGCCAGCAUUCUACCUCUGCACCAGCCACCAGGAAUUUGCAAAUGAUGAGUGGUCUUUAGGCCAGUAUAUUCCCUCCGACCCAGGAUGUGGGCUUCGGCUUUGUGACUACUGUGCCCACUACGCCCAGGUAUACCGGGGUGAUCUGGAUGCAGUGGUCAAGAAGGGACAAGAGGAUACCAACAACAAGACCGAACUGCGUGCUGACGUUGAAUUCAUUCUGAAGCGCUCACCAGACAAUCCGUUUAAGCGCCUUGCAGGUCUCGAGUGA